GCCACCACACCCAGUUACUAUAGGAUUAUAGGCAUGAGGCACAACACCUGGCUUCUAUUGUUAUUUUCAUAGCGUAAACAUCCACAAAAAUACUUAGGUAUUGUAAAAAAUGUCCAGUUUCUGAACCACUUUCUGAAUUGCAAAAACCCAACUGAGAACCACUUGUUUAAAGACUUUCAGCGUAGAAGUCGAGAGACUCCUGGUCUCAAACCCUCUUUUACUGCUGAAUUUUAAGGAGCUGCAGGUCUGUUGUGCCAGGAGACAUAGUGGCUGGGCCGCAUUCUCUCCCAGGUACACUGUGGAAUUAACAGUAGCAGUGCAGACAGGUCCGUGUGCAACACCAGGUCCUACCCUUGCCAGUUGCCCCAGAGUUUGAUAAAAAGCUCUAAAACCAGGGUCGUGUCCAUCUGUUUAUUACUGGGCACCUUCUCAGAGCCAGGCCCUGUUCUGGGCACUGCAGACUCAGCCGUGGACAGACAGACCCGCCGUGCCUGUGGGGUCUCCCUCCUGGGGGGAAGAGGGCGCUAUCUAACCAAGCGACUGAGAUCCUGACAAUGCUCUGCGGAAAACCGACCAGGGCCUGGAAGAAAGAGACGCAGCACAGGGGUGUGUGUUAGCCAGGACCACCAGGAAGGGCCUGUCCACACGGGGUUAGAGGGCACCGACCACCACGUGCAGAUGGGGAGAAAGCUCUUGGGAGCAAAGGAUCCAGGCCAGGAACGACUUUGGUCUACUAGAGACCAGAAAGAAGCCCGAAGCAGACUCAGAGAAAACAUAUUUUCUAGAAGGCCCAUGUACACCUGUGUGGUCAGAACUCAGGGGUGUCAGGGAGACAGGGGUCAGGGGAUGAAGCUGGACCAGGGAAGGGCCCGGCCAGAGAACCACAGCCGGCUCACACCCACCGCGGGGCCUCAGCUUCUUCUUCACAGGGCCACUGAGUCACUACUUCUACCUCUUCCUGGAGCACUGGAUCCCUCCGGAGGUUCCCUUGGCGGGAGUCAAGAGGCUCCUCCUGGAACGCCUCCUCGUGGCCCCGGCCUUCCUGCUGCUGUUCUUCCUCAUCAUGAACUUUCUGCAGGGGCAGGCCGCGGUGGCCGCGGUGCGUGCGCACUUCUGGCCGGCGCUGAGGACGAACUGGAGGGUCUGGACGCCCAUGCAGUUCAUCAACAUCAACUACAUCCCGCUGCAGUUCCGGGUGCUUUUUGCCAACCUGGUGGCUCUGUUCUGGUACGCCUACCUGGCCUCUCUGGGGAAGUGAGGAUGGCGCGGGAGAACAUGCGAUGCACCGUGGACGGGGCCUGGGGGAGCCUCACCUGCCCAGAGAGAACAGAACCAACCCCAUCAGGACUUUAGCUGACACUAAAUCACGUGAUUCAAGAUGCCCUAAAAUAACGGAUGGAGAAACAGAGAUCUCUUAAUGUCAGAAUCUUGUGUUUUGAAAAGGCAGCAGCUGACUGCAGAUGGUGCUGCCCUAGAGACUUAAACUACGGUAGAGAUGAUAUCACUUGUCACCUUGGACUGAAUUAGGAUCACAAUAAACUGUAAUGUGGCUUCUUCA